UAAACGGCGUUAUUUAAAAACAGACGAUGUAUCUCUGUACAUUUCAAAUAACCUGCGCCGAAAGCGUACCUGAUGUGGACGUAACGGAUUUGCCGCUACGGGUUGUCUCUGCUACGGGUAAGAAAUCGGAGAACUCGGCUAUCCUGUUACUCUAUGCUACAAUGAUCCUAGAACCUUAUAUUUAUAAAAAUAACAACAAAAACAACACAUAACCUAUAAUCUUAACAAAUUAAAAUUUUAAAAACGAUCAUGUCUAACUUGUAAGUAGUUAACAUAACAUACAAAUUUCAUUGAAAACAAGCUAUAUAAAGAAGAUUACCCAAUUAUUUAAAUAAUUUGUAUUAAAAUGGCAGAGGAAGAUGAUCCUAAAGAAUAUCGAUGGGAAACUGGUUAUGAAAAAACAUGGGAGGCUAUUAAGGAAGACGAUGAGGGGUUUCUUCAAGCUAGUGUAGCAGAUAUGGUUCAAAGAGCCAAAAGAAAACGACAAGCUUUAAAACAAGGAAGUCAAAAACUUGGAAUGAUGAGACAUUUAUUUUUACUUUUAGAUUGCUCUGAAUCUAUGUCCAGUCAAGAUCUUAAACCUACAAGAUUAAUUUGUACUUUGAAAUUGUUAGAAAUAUUUUUAGAAGAAUUUUUUGACCAAAAUCCAAUUAGUCAAAUAGGAAUAAUAUUAAUGCAAAAUAAGCGAGCUGAAAAAAUAAGUGAACUAGCUGGAAACUAUAGAAAACACAUUAAAGUUCUUAGCCAUUUAAAUAGAACUAAUUUAUUAGGUGAACCUUCUCUACAGAAUGGUUUAGAAAUGGCUCUAUCAUCUUUAAAAUUGUUACCCUCACAUGCUAGUAGGGAGAUAUUGGUAAUAAUGGGUAGCCUUACAACUUGUGAUCCUGGAGACAUUUCGAACACUAUUGAGAAUUUAAAACUAGAAGGCGUACGAUGUUCUGUGAUAGGCUUGGCGGCGGAAGUACAUGUUUGUAGGCAACUAGCUAAUCAAACUAAUGGAAUUUAUAAUAUAAUUCUUGAUGAUAACCAUUAUAAAGAUUUACUGUUUCAACAAGUUGAUCCACCCCCAGCGGCUGUUUGUCUCGAAUCUAGUUUAAUAAAAAUGGGUUUCCCACAUCAGCUCAAUAAUGAGGGAUCUGAUGAACCACUCACUAUGUGCAUGUGCCAUGUAGAUAGUACAGAAGAUGGGAGUAAGCUUACUUCAGGAGGCUACUACUGUCCUCAGUGUUUCAGUAAAUAUUGUGAGCUGCCAGUAGAAUGCAGGGCAUGUGGUUUAACCCUAGUGUCAGCACCUCAUUUGGCUAGAUCUUAUCAUCACUUGUUUCCUGCUGCUAACUAUAUAGAAGUUAAUUUUAAUAAUCAAACUUUUGUUUGUUUUGCUUGUCAGAAACUGUUUGGAGAACUUGAUAAACAGGUUUACAAUUGUCCUAACUGCAAGAAGUAUUUUUGCAUCGAUUGUGAUAUUUUUGUGCAUGAAACUUUACAUACUUGUCCUGGUUGUGCCACAAAUCCCUUAACUUUUCAAAUUGCUCUGACAAAUUAAAAAUCAUGACAUUUCAUAAUUAACCAGUUUUAAUUAUCUUUAUGUUGAGCUUUCAAGUCUUGUUUUUAUUAAAUACAUAAAAUUGUAAAAAUAAUUGUGAGAUGUUUAAUUGCAUCAGGUAAAUAUUGUGUAAAUUUAAAAAUUGCUUAUUAUGAAGUGUACCUGGUAAAUAAACUGUAUUAUUCUGUGUAUAUAACAAAUUAAAUAUUAGGCACUUUUAUAAA